UUUUUAAAAUUUGAAGCAGGCUGGGAGCUACAUGGAGGAAACUGUUAUUAUUUCUCGAGCAAUACAUCCAACUGGAAUGAGAGCAGAGAUUCCUGCAGAGAUCUGGGAGGAGACCUGGUGAAGAUAGACAGCAAAGAGGAGCAGAUGUUCCUGAACAUCAGAGUGAGAGACUUGAUGAAGAGAGAUGAGGAUAUGUUCUGGAUCGGACUGACGGACUCAGAGAUAGAAGGCAGAUGGUUUUGGGUGGAUGGAUCACGUCUGAACGAAAGUUUGACUUUUUGGAGGAGUGAACAACCAGACGACCUAAGCUAUGGACAUGUUAAAGAUGCUGACUGUGUGAGGAUGGGGUUGCAAAAGAAGGUUGCUGAUCUGAGGACCUGGUUUGAUAUAUCUUGUAAUCAGACCCAGAAAAGUAUCUGUGAGAAAUCAGCAAAAGCUGGACAGAGUUCAUGUGUUUUUAAGUGAAGUUCAGGUUUUCCUAUAAAACAAACUAAGUCCAGGAUCCAGAAGCUCCAGAGCUGCUGGUUACAUCAGGAUGGAUACAUGAUAAAACUUGUUCAAGGGACCUGCAAUAAGCAGCUGGUUCCACAAUUAAAUAUUAAUGUAUUUUUGACAUAAUACCUGUGAGUUUCUAAGCUCCUUGUCAUUUAGUCUGAUUCUCAGCUUCUUCAGUCCCACUGUUUGUUUGUUUUGUUUAUUUUGCAUAAAACAUAAUAAACCCAAACCUUAAGAUAAAAUGAGUCCAGAAGAACCUCUUUAUUACCGUA